GCCUCAUAAAUCUCGCAGUGAUGGCUGCGCCGCCCGACGCGGAGAGUUUGGAGUCUCGUAUCAACAGAGCCACAAACCCACUCAACAGAGACACAGACUGGAGCAGCAUCCAUGCCUUCUGUGACCAGCUCAACGAUGAUUUGGAGGGACCUCAGCUGGCCACCAGGCUCCUGGCCCACAAGAUCCAGUCUCCACAGGAGUGGGAGGCCAUGCAGGCCCUGCUGGUUCUGGAGACGUGUAUGAAGAACUGUGGGAAAAGGUUUCACAGUGAGGUGGGCAAGUUCCGUUUCCUCAAUGAACUCAUCAAAGUAGUUUCUCCAAAGUACCUGGGCUCACGGUCACCAGAGCCAGUAAAAAAGAAGGUUUUGGAGUUGAUCUAUAGCUGGACUUUGGGGUUACCUGAUGAGGCCAAGAUCUCAGACGCCUAUCAGAUGCUGAAGAAACAAGGUAUUAUUAAACAAGACCCAGAGCUGCCCCCUGACAAACUACUGAACCUUCCUCCACCCAGACCCAAGAAUGCUAUUUUUGAGGAUGAGGAGAAGUCAAAAAUGUUGUCUCGCCUGUUGAAUAGCUCGCACCCCGAGGACCUCAAAGCCGCCAACAAACUCAUCAAGGAAAUGGUCCAAGAGGAUCAGAAGCGAGCAGAGAAGGUGUCAAAACGAGUGAACGCCAUUCAGGAGGUGAAGGAAAGCGUCAGUCUGCUCACUCAGCUUCUGCAGGACUAUGACAGCACCGCCAGCAAUCAGAGCAACGCUGAACUCAUACAGGACCUGUACCAGCGCUGUGAGAAAAUGAGACCGACACUGUUCAGACUGGCAAGUGAUACAGAGGACAACGACGAGGCUCUGGCGGAGAUCCUGCAGGCCAACGACAGCCUGACUCACGUCAUCAACCUGUACAAACAGCAGGUGAAGGGGGAGAUUGUAAACGGCAACAACACAUUGAACACACAGAAACAAACAGGAGGAGGGACGGCACUGCUAGACCUGUCAGGAUUGGACACAUCACCACAGUCGCCUCCGUCCUUCCCAGAGUUUCCCACUCCGACAGACAGCCUCAACGCCCCCUCGCAAGAGAUGGGAAUCAGUCUCCUUGACGACGAGCUCAUGUCACUUGGUUUAAGUGAAGGAACACACACCUCCAACCCUCCCUCGCAGCCUGAGGACUCCACAGCCUGGGACUCCUUCCAGUCCUCUGACAGCAUAGACGCAGACAUCCCAGCAGCACCCAGCCGCCUCCUGAGUCCAGACCCACCCUCCCACUCUCAGCCCCUUUCGUCUGGCUCCACCCCUGGGAACUCUGCUCUGGACGAGCUGGACCUGCUGGGAAAGACGCUGCUGCAGCAGUCCCUGCCUCCAGAGGGCCUGCAGGUCAAAUGGGACAGACAACAGUCCAAACCGACUCUUAGAGAUCUCCAGAGCAAGUCUGGGUCCAACGUUGCCCCGAACCCCAUCCCAGCCUUCUCCGCCGAACCUCCUGCACCUCUCCCCAACUGUCAGCCGAGCCCUGGAGCGACGUUGCUGGACAUGUCCCCGACUCACACUGAGACUCCUCCUGCAGAAGUCACCCUGACAGAUGUUUUUGUACCGCUAGAAUCCAUUAAGCCCAGUAGUCUGUUACCGGUGACUGUGUUUGACGGACACAGCCUGCGGGUUCUCUUUCACUUUGCCCGCGACUCGCCUCCGGCUCGUCCUGAUGUGCUGGUGGUGAUCAUUUCCAUGCUGUCGUCGGCUCCUGCCCCCGUCACCAACAUCAACUUCCAGACCACGGCUCCAAAGUCUAUGGCAGUGAAGCUGCAGCCCCCAUCAGGAACCGAGCUCCCAGCUUUCAACCCCAUCCUUCCUCCUGCUGCUGUCACACAGAUCCUUCUGCUGGCAAACCCAAAAAAGGAGAAGGUACAGCUGCAGUACACAUUAACCUUCACCAUGGGCGAGGAGGAGCACAGUGAGAGCGGCGGUAUAGAACAGUUUCCUCCUCCGGACACGUGGGGGAACCUAUAGCAUUGAAACACAACUGCAACCUGACAGACUCUCUGCUCUCAGACUCGGCUUCCUUCCGAAAUCAACUCUCCAACUCAGCGCUCUGCAUACGCCCGUUUUCCUUUUGUAAUCACACUGUACUUUCUUUGAUUGGUAUUGAUUGUUUUCCAUAGAUUAUGCUCAUGCUCAGUCAGUGUAACGUGUGUAUGCUUGGCUUUAAAUGAGUCAUGUGUGUUUAGGUCUAGUCUGCUGUAUGUGGCUGCUUUAAAACAAACCUGCAGCUGCUUCCCGAAGCUGUUGCAGUCUUGUCAUCUUGUUUUUAACAGACAGUGCUACGAAGGAAGAAAACUAAAUCAAAUGUGUGCAUAUUUUUCUUAUUUGCUGUGCUUGACUCUUUCCUCCUUUUUUUUCCUCACCUAAGGCACAGUCAGUUUAAAUCCAUUAUCGGUUUACCUCCUCCUCUGCAUGCUCUGCCAACAUGAGACACAAUGCUUGCAAAAUCUAGCACACCAGUAGAGAAAGGACAGGCAUUACAUAGACGCAGCUCAUCUUAGUUUGCAAACAAAGCUAUCCUUAAUCAACUUCAUGUGGUGUCUAGUUUGUGAUGAGUGAAUGUCAUUUCUUUCGCAGUCCACUUUUUAAUUUGCACAGAAUAAUUUUUUUUAUAGUACUAUGUUCCUGUCUUUCUCCCAUCUUGUGUAAAGAACAAAAUUUACUGUAACAUCAGAGUUCUGUAUCUGCCAUAUGUGCCUAUUUUGCAGUUAUAACAUUUAAAUUUCAGUGGAUGGAUUUGUUUUUGUCAUCUGUUACGUCAGUCAUAUUAGGUCUGAGUUUGAGAUACAGAUCAUAACCUCCAACUCUUAAUAUAUUCAAAGCAUUUUCAGUAGGCUUUAAGUUCCAUUUGGAAUAAUCUUGUGUUUAGCUUGUGUUUUAAGUUAACAUUUCCGCGUUUAUUGGGUAGAACUGAACAUUAGAAACUUGAGCACAUGCAAACGGAGAUGCACCCAGGUGCUCUGAGCAGUGUCUGUCUCAAACACGUUCAACUCGUUUCUACAGUCUGCAAUGCAUGUCGGCCAUGCUGAACACCCCCUCCCCCCCACAGGCUCUCAAUCACAUUCCACUGCACUAAUCUCCAAUACGACUGCUUUGUAAAUACCAAUGAUGGCAGUUAUGUACAUUUGACUUGUGCAAUGUGCAAGAGCAUAACACUGGUAAAAUAUUCUAAUGGGUAAUAAAGGUUUUUUUUUUCUUGGUGA